UUCAUUUUGAACCAUACCAAUAAGUUUUCCAAGGUUUCGAAAGGUAGUACCAAAAAAACUAAACCAUACAUCUUGUAAGAAAGUAAUUUAUUUUAAAAAAUCAGUAAAACAUAGUAAAUAUUUUAUUUUUUAACAAUGAACAAUAAGGCAAAGCGUUGUGGGGCUUUGUUCUCAAAGCUAUCCAGCGCUUUAUCGUUAUACAUAAUUUUCAACAUUUUGUUUAUUUCAAAAAUUUUUUCUGCUAACGUUGAAGGACCAAUUAUCGGGAUUGAUUUAGGAACCACAUAUUCAUGUGUUGGUAUUUUCAAGGGGGGCCAGGUUACCAUCAUUCCGAAUGAUCAAGGUAAUCGUAUUACACCAUCAUAUGUCGCUUUUGCUGAAAAUGAAAGAUUGGUGGGUGAAGCUGCUAAGAAUCAAGCUACUGAAAAUCCAACACAAACCCUUUUUGAUGUAAAACGACUUAUCGGAAGAAUGUUCAAAGAUCCAUCCGUUCAAAAAGAUAUUCAAUUAUUUCCCUUCGCUGUUGUUGAUAAAGACAAUAAGCCGUAUAUAAGUGUUCAAGUUGGAAAAGAAAAGAAACUUUUAUCUCCAGAAAAAGUAUCGGCAAUGAUUUUAGGAAAAAUGAAAGAAAUUGCUGAAAAUUAUUUAGGGCAAAAAGUCAAAAAUGCGGUUGUCACUGUUCCAGCGUAUUUCAACGAUGCUCAACGACAGGCUACAAAAGACGCUGGAACGAUUGCAGGGCUUAAUGUCAUUCGUAUCAUCAAUGAACCAACGGCUGCUGCUAUUGCUUAUGGUCUUGAUAAAAAAGCAGAAGAAAAAAAUAUUCUUGUAUAUGAUUUAGGCGGUGGAACAUUUGACGUUUCUAUUUUGACGAUAGACAGUGGCGUUUUUGAAGUCGCUGCAACCUUUGGUGAUACUCAUCUUGGUGGUGAAGAUUUCGAUCAACGCGUAAUGGAACAUUUUAUAAAAGUUUUCAAAAAAAAAACGGGGAAGAACUUGAAACAAAAUAAGAAAGGAUUACAAAAGUUAAGACGUGAAGUUGAAAAAGCUAAGCGUGCACUUUCUAGUACACAUAAGGUUACAAUUUCAGUUGACGACAUAAUGGAAGGCGCUUCAAUAAACGAAGAGUUAACUCGCGCUUUAUUUGAAGAGCUUAAUAUGGAUUUAUUCAAAAAAACAUUAAUACCUGUACGACGUGUACUUGAAGAUGCUUCAAUGAAAAAAGAAAAAAUAGAUGAAAUUGUAUUAGUGGGAGGUUCAACUAGAAUUCCCAAAAUUCAAGAACUUAUUCGAGAUUUUUUCAACGGAAAAGAACUUAAUCGAGGGGUAAAUCCUGACGAAGCAGUAGCUUUUGGUGCUGCUGUUCAAGCUGGUAUCUUGUCGGGCGAAGCUCAGGAAAAUGAAAUGAUUCUUUUAGAUGUAACACCUUUAACUCUUGGGAUUGAAACAGUAGGAGGAGUUAUGGCGCCACUUAUUAAAAGAAAUGUUGUGAUUCCAACAAAAAAAUCACAAGUUUUUUCAACCAACUCGAAUAACCAGCCAGGCGUGUUGAUUCAAGUUUUUGAAGGAGAACGACCUUUAACAAAAGACAAUCAUUUAUUGGGAAAAUUCGAACUUUCAGGAAUACCUCCAGCACCAAGAGGUGUUCCUCAAAUUGAAGUUACGUUUGAAGUUGAUGCAGAUGGUAUUUUAAAGGUGGUAGCUGAGGAUAAGGGCUCAGGAAAAUCGCAAAACAUAGUUGUCAACAACGACAAAGGACGCUUAAGUCAAGCAGAAAUUCAAAAAAUGAUUCAGGAAGCGGAAAAGUUUGCUGAAGAAGAUCGCCUUCAAAAACAACGCAUCGAUGCUAAGCAGGCUUUUGAAAGUUAUGUUGAGAUUCUGAAAAACUCAGUUGAAGAAAAUUCUGAGUUGGCGGGAAAAUUAAGCUCUGAGGACAAAUCUACCAUAAAUACUGCGGUUUCUGAUGGAAAAUCUUGGUUAGAAGAAAACAGUAGUGCUGAGGCAGAUGAAAUUAAAGCAAAACAUAAAGAAAUUGAAAAUAUUUGCGCUCCCAUAAUCAAGAAGUUGUACGGCGCUGGUGCUGGAGCUGGUCCAGAUAUGUCAACCGAUGAUUCGGAUGCAUCUCAUGACGAGUUGUAGUAACAAUUUGACAUUCAUAAUAUCUGGAACAAAUUUAUUUUUAUACUAGUUGCAAAGUACAAUAUAUUUGUUAUAAAAAAUUAUCAAAAAUUAAAAGUAGUAGUUAAUGUGCUCAGUUCUUUUUUUUUGCACUGCACUCUUAUGCAUCUGAUGAAACAGUGAAAAUGAUACAAUGCUUUAAAGAGAUGUUUUUCUUGUUAAAUACAAGUUUAUGUUUAA